AUGCAUCGCGUCUCGGCUCUGCUCCCCUCGUGGGACCGGUCGAGAUUCAGUUCCCCCGUACCCCCCGUACCCCCCGUUCCUACGAAUACCACCAACAAGACCAACACCGCCAACAGCCCCGCACCAGCGCCACCCAAGGCACCCGGUGCCCUGACUAAGGUCUUUGGGUGGGCCGAGAAGAUCGUGCCCGCCACUCGAAUCAGCAUCUCGACGGCACCCACCGCGCCCACCCGCUACGGCCGAGAAACUUAUUGGCCGACGAGCCUCGACAAGGAAUGCGACAAGGCCGCAAGGAUCAUCAAGUCAUUUUGCUUUGACGGCUUCCUUUCGCAGGAAUUCGACGGGACGGAUGAGACCGAUCAGGACAACCAGGCCAACCAAACCGAGCAGACCGAGCAAAUCAAGGAGAAUACAGCAGAGCCGAAACCAACACCAAAAUACGUCACAAAAAAGAUCCCUCCGCGAAUAAUACAAAAUGCCGUCGGCCUCGCAGUCUUCUCCUGCAUGCGGUCCGGCCUCUGGAUGUCGGGUUCCGGAGGCGCGGGCCUGAUCACGGCACGCAAAGCCGACGGGACAUGGUCACCACCCUCUGCGAUCAUACUACACACGGCGGAACUGGCUUUCGAAAUGGGCGUCGAUAUCUACGACUGCGUAUUGGUAAUCAACAGCGUACAGACCCUCGAGCUCUUCACCCGCCCGAGGUUAGUUCUAGGAGCCGAUGUCAGCCUGGACGUGGGGCCGCUCCUUGUGGCCGGAGCACAGGACCCCGAGAUCAAGUGGAAGGAGAUCAGCGAGACCGUCUUGACCUAUGUGAAGGCUAGAGGAAAGCAUCAGGCAGUGCGGUUGGACGGGUCCAUGGUGACGGAGCGCGUCAACGAGAAUGAGAAGUUCUACUGCGCCGGUGUCACCAUUCUCGACAUUCUCGCGGGUAACAUUCCUAAGAACGUACCUCAGAUGCGACCCCUGUUUGAGGUCAUCAAGGCCGCCGAGGGCCGCUCCGACUACGAUAAGGUGUUGAUGGACUGGCUCGCGCAGCAGCCCGCGCCCGGUGAUGCCGAUAUCGAGAGCCCAAGGGAGUCCAUUGCGUCCAUCACCUCGCCGACCAAGCUAGCAUUUGGCGUACCAGACGCCAACGAUCCGGAUCCGUUCGGUGUCAUCGGCCUAGAGAUGGCGGGCAUUGAAAUUCGAGAGGCCGGCUCCAAGCUCCGGCCUGUAAGCACGCAGUUCGAGUACCAGCCGAGCCCCAGCAGCCCGUUGUAUGGGAGGUUCAGCCGCCAGAGCAUGGAUACGUUCGUCUCGAGAAGCAACCGAGGCAGCUGCAUGUCAGCGCGGACACAGGCGACCACGUUGACGGAUGCGUGCACUCAAACGGAUGUGGCGAGCACCACUUUCAGCCGGCCUAACAGCGACGAUGGAAAAGACGUUGUUGAGAGGCUGCCCACGGUUGUGGAACCCGAGGAAGUGGACUACACCCAAGUCGACACGAGCGUUAUUGAGAAACUGAAGCGGAGGACGAUUGAGCCAGUCGCGCCCGUACCAGCUGCACCCGAACCAGUCCAGGCUAUCGAAACGAAGGAGAUCAAGGUUACAGACACCAUUACCACUACAAAGGUCAAGACUACGGACGAGAAAACCGCCGAGGUAAUCAGCCAGACCGUUACUCCGCCCACUCCAAUCGAGGGCCCGAGCCCCAAGGCCGCCGAAGAACAGGACGAGGACGCCGAUGACGAAGACGACGACGAUGAGGAAGACGAGCCCGUCGUCUGUGAGGUCGCAACUGCCUCGGCACAACCAGCCCGGACUUCUAUCCAGCGAUCCCAAGUCACCCACGUAAUUCAAGCCAAGGGUGCGAUUGUGACCAUCCCGAAGCGAGUACCACCUCCCCUCCCCGCGCGGAGUCCCGCUCGCGCAUCCAGAGGAAGCAGGAGCGAGUACGGCGACGUCUCAUCUUUGAGGAGCCCCAUUCGGAACUCCUUUUUGUCCAUCGAGUCACGAGCCGAGAGUAACAGAACCUCCCUCGACGAGACAAUCACCACGCAAGAACCCACCCACCCCGAAACUGACCAAGGCUCGCCCACGCACACGCAACGCCCCGCCAGCCCCCGACACACCAAGAACACAUCCUCGGUCUGCACCGCUGUGGCGGUCAACACCGCCUCCCCAUCUCGGCUGAGCUCAGGUUCAAGUUCCAGCCCUAACCAAGACCUCAACGCCUCGCCGUCUUCCGCAGUCCCCCCGACCCCACAGACCCUUGAACCCACCUCCUCCGUCGAAGGCGAUUCGGAGAAAGAGCCCACGACGCCGCAGACAGCCGAGACAGAUUUCGAUACCGCCUCCGAGCAUCACAUCGACGCCAAGUCCCUAGGUGAGACCAAGGCUCACGGUAGCGAGGGGGUGAGGAUUGUUUCGGCCACGACGACACCUGUGGGGAGUGCUAGCGAGCGCGAGCGGGAGGCUGCCACAAUACCAGUUGCAUGA